UUUAUUUUAUGUCGACAAGUAUUCCUACAGUUCAAGCAGAAAACUAUGUACGAGGUGUGUCUUUUGACACUAUGACAGAUCAGGAUCAGCCUGAUUAUUCUUUCACAUUACGAGGAAAGACGCAAGGAUAUCAACGAACAAGAAGAAGUAGAACAUUUAUGGUAGCUACAGACUUAGCACCCUAUAGUGACUAUGCUUUAGACUGGGCUAUUGAGAAUAUCAUAGACUCUGGUGACGAAAUCAUUGCCUUGAGUGUUCUCACGGUAGAUAUGAGUGAGAACAGACCUAAUUUAUCAGCCAUGUUAAGAAACGAGGAACUAAAAGCUAAGGAAAGAGCUUCAGCUGUUAUGACUAAGAUCAUGGCAGCAGGUAAUCCUGAUAUGAAGAUCAGUGCAGUGAUUGAAUUCGUGAUUGGAAAGGUUCAGGAAACAAUUCAGAAUAUGAUUUCUGUAUAUCAACCUUCUAUGCUUAUUGUUGGAACAAGAGGAAUGUCUGAAUUGAAGGGCAUGUUUAUCAAUAGCGUAUCAAAAUAUUGUUUACAACACUCUCCUGUUCCUGUGGUUGUGGUCCGUCCUGAAGAUAAAGUAAAGAAACAAUUAAAAAAGGUAGCCAAGAAGCCAAAUCGUCUGAGUGGCAUGUUUCGAAUCAACAGUCAUUCAAGUAUUUCUAGCCUAAACUCUAAAGGCUCUGAUUCGUCAGACAGCAGUUCUGAAGAUGAAGAGGUUCCUGGGCUUGAGAAGAAAGUUCAGAGACUGUCUGUUUUUGAUAAGAUUGGUCGUAGAUCAAGAUCUGCUUCUCCAGCUAGACCACCUGUUCAAAAGAAGUAAUGCGAUAUAUACAUAAUAGGAGGUUUAUUAAAGAAAAAGGAUUGCAACAUAAUAAAAAAGAAAAGAGUGGGGG